GCAAGUUCUUCCAAUUGGAGUGUUCUCAUUUGAAGCAUUAUUAAUAUAUAAUGGCUAAUUAUUUCCUUGUAUUCAUGUUUGUUUUGGCUAGUCAAGUGAUUGGUGGAUUGAAUACAAAGCUACCAUCUCCAUCCUAUGGAAAUACAAUAACCAUUCUCAGCAUUGAUGGAGGUGGUAUUAAGGGAAUUCUUCCAACUGUUGUUCUUGAGCACUUGGAAAACGCUCUUCAGAUUGUGUCAAAAGAUGAAAAAGCAGCACUAGCAGACUAUUUUGAUGUGAUAGCAGGAACAAGUACAGGAGGAAUCAUUACUGGAAUGCUAACUGCUCCUAACCCUAAUGACACUUCACGUCCUUUAUUUACUACUAAACAAAUCUUACAAUUCUACUUGGAUUUUGGUCCUUCUAUAUUCAACCUAACUGCUGCUAGUGGUUGGAAUAAUAGUAUUCCACAUGCCAAGUUUGAUGGGAAGUUCUUAUAUGAAAUAGCACGUAAACUUUUGCAAGAAACACGUCUGCAUGAAACUUUGACCAAUGUUGUAAUUCCAACCUUUGAUACCUAUGAAUUACAACCAGUUAUCUUCUCAAGCUUUAAGUUAAAGACAGUUCCUAGUCUAGAUGCAAAACUUUCUGACAUAUGUCUUGGGACUUCAGCUGCACCAUCUCAACUACCACCCUAUGAGUUUAGGAAUGGUGAUCAUCAUUUCAAUCUAGUUGAUGGGGCUCUCACUGCAAAUAGUCCGGCCUUGCUUGCAGUAAGUGAAGUGAUACAACAAUUGAAUGAGAAGAAUUCUGAUUUCGUUCCAAUAAAAGCAAACGAGCCUAUCAAAAUCGUGUUGCUGUCAGUAGGAACAGGAAGUAGUCCAGAGACUCGAAGGAUUCCGGCUAUUCUGGCAAAGUACUUUUCCUUUAAUGACUGGGUACCCAUAUUAGCUAUAGGUUUGGGUAUAUCUGCUGGAAAAGUGAAUGAUUAUCACCUUGAAUCAGUGUUUCCAAGUGAUUCAUCUUCUUCCGACAAUUAUUACCUUCGAAUUGAGGAGUAUAAUUUGGAUACAUCCAUAGCUGCUGAUAAUACUACUAAAGAAAACAUGGAAAAGCUUGUAAAGGCGGGAGAUGAUUUGCUCAAACAGUCUGUUAAGGUUAUGGAUGUAACUUCUUUUCUUCCAUACGAGAAACCAAGUGAGGGUACAAAUGCUGAAGCUCUUGAAAGGUUGGCUGAAAUUCUGUACAAUGAGAGGAAGCUGCGGUUGAAAAGAAAAUCGAUGGAGAAACAAGGGCGACCAUUUAUUGAAGCUGUUACUUCUGCUUUCCAGAUGACUUGAAUGGAAUGAAUGUCAUGGACAUAUGCAUUGUACUAUGUUGCAAGUUCUCUCUAUCCAUGGUGUGAAAUAUAAAUAAAGUAAUGGAUAUGUGUUUUUAAUGUGUGUUUCUAGUUUGUUGUUUUUCUUUCAAAUGUAACCGGUCUGGUUAAUUGUAAGGGUGUGUGACUUUGGUUUGCUAGGUAAGAGUAAGGACUUGACUGCACUUUGUAUUGCUUGUAAUACUUAUGCUUAUAGAAAGAAUUUGGUCUUUU